AUGACAAAUAUUGAAGGUCGACGUAAACAUAUUCCUCGCAAGAUAUAUACACCAACACAACAACCAUCAGCUAUAAUUCCAAAAUAUUAUCUUUUGUUUUUGAAGGAAACUGAAACAUAUCAAAUUGUAGCUAAAAGCAGCAUCAAAUGUGUUGACGAUCAUGGUUUAGCAACAAUUACAAUUUGUAACAAACAACUCAAAGGAAAAAUUAUUCUUACUGGUUCUUUUGAUGAAUGCGAGAAGGAAAUGAGUCGAAGAACACGUCUAUCUCAACAAGAUAAUAAUAAUGAAAUCGAUUCUGAGAAAGGUGAUGAUGAUGUAGAGAAUGAUGCAAUGACAGUUGAUACACAACAUCGAGUUGCAACUCAAUCUCACUUUGCAUAUGAUUCAUCAGCUGUACUGAAUUUUGAAUCAUCACGUAAAUAA